AUGAGGAUCGUAAAAAUUUUACUUCUUUUUUGCAUCAUCUCUUCAGUGUUCACCCAACUAUCUUAAGGUGCCUCUUAGCCUGGAUAACCUGUCUCUGGAAGCUCCGGCCCAACAUAAGGUGCCCCGACUGGUUCACAAGGAUAAUAAAAUACUGCUGGUGGUCAAUAGCCAGGAGGAUAACAAUCAGGUGGAAUACCACAAGGAGGUAUGCAAUAAGGUGGACAAUAAGGCGGAUAAUAAGGUGGAUAAUAAGGUGGAUAAUAAGGUGGACAAUAAGGUGGUCCAUAGACUGGAGGGAAGGCGAAGAAAUGUUAACCAACACAAGCACAAUAGGGAUAAUAAUAAGGACAACAAUAAUAGGGACAACAGUAAUAAGGAUAAUAAUAGUAACCUAGUUAAUAAACUUUGCCUGGGAAUCAGAUUCCUGGUUAAUAAGUUUAAUAAACAAACUAAUAAUAACCUGCAGGAUAAUUUCCUGGAGGAACCUAACAACCAGGCGGAUUUUAAUAACCAGGGGGAGCUUAAUAACCAGGAGGUUCUUAAUAACAAGGUGGAUUUUAAUAACCUGGAGGAACCUAAUAACCAGGAGGAGGCUAACAAUAGGGUGGAUUUUAAAAUCCAGGAGGAGCAUAAUAGCCAGGAAGCACUUAAUAGGCAGGCAGUACUUAAUAGCCAGGUGGAACCACAUAAUAAGGUAGUACUUAAUAGUCAGGGGGACCUUAAUAAUAAGGUGGAGUUUAGUAACCAGGAGGCGCCUAAUAACAAGGGGGAAUUUAAAAACCAACUGGUUCUUAAUAGUAAGGAGGAUAAUCUCCUGGACAAUAAUAAGGAUAAAUAGGAUAAGCAGGUUAACAAUAAGGAUAAAUGGGAUAAACUGGUUAAUAAUAAGGAUAAAUGGGAUAAGGACAAGGACAAUUUGGAUAAGGAUAAACAGGAUAGGGUUAAGGAUAAAUGGGCUAAGGAUAAGGAUAAAUGGGACAAGGAUAAGGAUAAAUGGGCUAAGGAUAAGGAUAAAUGGGACAAGGAUAAGGAUAAAUGGGCUAAGGAUAAGGAUAAAUGGGACAAGGAUAAGGAUAAAUGGGCUAAGGAUAAGGAUAAAUGGGACAAGGAUAAGGAUAAAUGGGCUAAGGAUAAGGAUAAAUGGGACAAGGAUAAGGAUAAAUGGGACAAGGAUAAGGACAAGGUCAAGGACAAGGCUAAGGACAAGGUCAAGGACAAGGCUAAGGUCAAGGACAAGGCUAAGGUUAGGGACAAGGCUAAGGAUAAAAACCUUAAGGUCCUCCUUAAUCAAAAGGAUAAUGGACUCAAGAUGCAGAAUAGUAACAACAAUGUGUUGAAGUUGAAGUGACUUGUGCUGAUAACGAAAUAGUGUUCAAAGACAGAUGCAUUGCUUAAACCUGUGAAAACUUGGAUAAAGUUCAAAGCAAAUAGGAGGGUGGAAAGAGGAUGCUUCCAAUGAAAUUCGAUGGGAAAGCUGACUUCAAUGAUAAUAAAGAUGUUGUUGUUUAAUUGGCAUUCCCUGAUAACAAAGACAAACCACUUGUUAAAUCAGACGGAAAUGCCAAUGCCUGCAUAGAUAGAUAAAUUUACAGAUAUAGACCAAGUUUCUUAAGUGAAACAUUAGAUGAUUCAACAGUUACAAGCAGUUAUGAUGAUGAUAAAAAAUUAAGAAUUUGGGAAUUUACAAUCUUGAAUGCAGAUAUUGAUAACAAGUUAUUCAAAGAUGAAUAAUCCGAUAAGAUUGUUUAUACUGGUUACUAUUCAGUCAAACUAACAAUCUAGGAGAAGAAAUUAGUUUAAUUUUUCUUCACAUUCUUUGUAGCAGUUGACUUAAAUGGAAGUGUCUUAACAGCCCAAGCCACAUCUGAAGCGUAAGAUGAUACUCCUGCUUGUGCAACUGAAGAUAAUUGUGUUUCUAGAGCAGAAACUGAAGUAGGAUUUUGUAGUGACUAAACCUGUUCAACUCUUGUUGAAUAGCCAUAAGUUUAUGCUGGUUAAAAUUUCUAUGUUGUUUAAAGAGUCAAAUAAUCCGGAUUUGAGAAAUGGAAAGUUGGAGAUGCUGAUGUUACUAUAACAGGAGAUGGAGUUAAUAAAAAAUUGAAGCCAACUUCGUAGCAAAAAUAACCUGGAUAAACUAUUUAUACUCUAAAUGUUGAUAUCCUCGCUAAUAAUGUUGAAUUCUCAGUCAAUGGUAAACUUGAAGAUCCAAAUUCAACCCGUAGAUUCAGAUUUUUAGAAGAUGCUACUACAACUUCAACUGAUGGUGCUGAGGUUUCUUCUGCCAAAGCUGUUGGUUCAACAACAUUAGAAUGCAUAAAGAAGGAUGCCAAUUCUUCAUGCCCAACCCCUGAAGAAGCUAAAGCAUAUAAUAAGCCAGAUUGUGGAAGUAUUGGAUAAAUGUCAUGUGAAAGCAGUAAUAGUCUCAUCUGGUCUUUUUUGAUAUUUGCCAUUGUUCUGCUAGUCCAAUGA